AUGUCAUUGGCAGGUGGCAAGAGUGCAAUGGCAGCCCAGGUCCAAACCAUAUGUUUUCGUCAAUUUCUCAACAAUCCUCAACGCUUUGCCUCUGCCUGGAAAAAGGGAAAACAUAAAGAGAGCAAUUCGGCAGGACCCUUUCGGCCCAAAAAAAUCCAGGAAAUGAGUGAUAUUUUAGCCAAGUCGUUUGUCAUUCUGAAUGUUCAGCGCCCCCAAUAUGGAGUGGAAGAAUCCCAGAUUGCAGUCCUUGACAAAGGGAAGCUUCUGGCAAUCUACAAAAUCACCACUAAACAAGGCUACCAACCCUCUCGCAAGGGCUCAAGGGACGACAAGCAUCGACAUCAUCGUUGCCACACCCCGUGCUCUUUCGAGAUGGUGUCGUCCGCUGCAUUGUUUGUUGCAGACCAAACUGAUGGUCAAGAUGACUUUGCUGCUGCCAUUUAUGACUAUGUCAAUGCUGUUCAUCAGCUAUUGGAGGGCAACUUUGAUCCUGGUCAUUUUGUUGGUUGA